ACAACUACCUUAAAUGACCAAACCCAUCUUUCGAAGUUUUAUUUGAAGCAGAAUUUAUUUUUAUGUUUUGACUCAAGUCCCAUUCGUUUGCAUAGAGAGGGCGAGGUUUAUGACCUGUACUGCAUCCAGCCACCAGGACAUAUGAGACACACCCGGUUAAACCACUGUAGUCACAUGAACUUUUUAAAUAUGUUUUUAGUAGCUUUCUAGGCAUUGAAAACAAGUGUUGUUGCUCUCAAUGCAGGCCUCACUGAGCCAUCAGAUUUCAUCAAAAAUAUCUUAAUUUGUGUUCCCAUGUUGCAAGGGAGCGCCCCCUGCCAAAGCUCUAGAAGAGGCAACUCCCCUGGUGGAAUGAGCCCUAAUACCCGUUGGCGAAGUGUGACCACGCGCCUAUAGGCAAGGGCAAUAGCAUCUCUCACCCAAUGUGACGUGGUCUGUUUCUUGGCGGCCGCACCCCUGUUAUGGCCACCAUAACAAACAAACAGUUGCUCUGACUUAUGCCACUGGCUGGUGCGGUGGACAUAAGUCUGAAGAGCAUGGACUGGACACAGUCUGUGAAGUCUCUCCUGCUCCGGCGUAGUGAACGACGGAGGGCAGAAGGCUUCAAGAGUGACCGGAUGCAAGUUCGAGAAAAGAACCUUAGGCAGAUAGUCAGGAUGAGGAUGCAAAAUAGCUUUUACCAUUCCUGGGGCAAAGUCUAAGCAGGAUGGCACAGUGGAAAGAGCCUGCAGAUCCCCAAUUCUUUUAAGAGAAGUUAUAGCCAUAAGAAAAACCAUUUUCAGAGUUAACAGCUUGUCAGAAACUGACUCUAACAGUUCAAAGGGGGUCUCAACCAGGCCCUCCAGGACUAUUGCUAGGUCCCAUGAAGGGAUCCUGGUUCUUGAGUGAGGCCUAAUCCAUAUUCCAUUCAGCCAACGUGGUGCUAUCAGAAAGGGGCAAGCCCCUUGUUGGCAAAAUUUGGCUAGAGCUCCUGGGAGCACAGAAACUGGAGGAAACGCAUACAGGCACAUUCUGGGCCACAUAUGCGCAUCACAUCCAGACCCAGGGGAAACUGGGUGACUCGGAAAGAAAUAGAGUGAACAUUGCACUGCCUGUUGGGGGCGAAGAGGUCCAUCUGUUUCAUAAAAUCUUUACCAGAUUUGUCUGAUUACCUCAGGUGGAGAUUCUACUCCCCCGUUGGUAUGCUCUGUCUGGACAGAUUUCUGGGGAUCACCUUAAGGGACAAGAACUUGUCCUGAGCCUAGAGCAAAAUGCGCUGCACUAGCCUGUCUAGACAUCGCAAACGCAGUCCACCCUGGCGAUUCAUAUUAGACGCUACCGCAUUACGCGCUGCGGCUUCGUUCCCUUUCUAUGUGGCUCAGACCCCGGUUCUUCACCUUGGGUCCCACUCUAUAUGCGUUGAUGUUGCAAGAUGCCAACAACAGACGCUUCCCGUACGGGCUGGGGAGAGGCCUUAGGUGGCCGUCCAGUCCAAAGGGAUAUGGUGAGAUCAUCAUCUCGAUUAGCACAUCAAUUGCCUUGAAUUGAUGGCUGUAUUUCUGGCCCUGAAGUACUUCCUCCACCAGUUAAGGGGUUACCAUGUCCUAAUGCGGGUGGACAUUACUGUUUACCAUAAACAUGGAUUUUAGAAAGUGCAUGAAGCAUUAGCGCGUGACUUACCAUAAACAUGGAUUUUAGAAAGGGCACAAAGCACUCAGCGCAUGCCCUUGCCCCUUUUUGCCGUGGGGAACUGCUUAGACAAAACCUCUUGACUCUGAGCCACAACUGAAACGUCUCAUAUGCAAGAGGCCCAUAGGAAUCCGUCGAGGACGCUGAUGCCAUGAGACCUAACAUUUCUUGAUACUGCAGAACAGUGCAAUCUUAGCCUAGCCUGAAAUUGUUCAGGGUGGUUAGGAUGGACUCGACUCGAGCGGGAGACAAUUGUGCCCACAUCGUGGUCGAAUACCAUAUGACCCCUAAAUAUGUCAUUCCCUGGGUAGGACAGAGAACGCUUUCUUCUCAUUUAGUCUCAACCCUAGAGAAACAAGAAAAUGGCUAGUACGACAUCUGUGUUGUAACGCCAUUGUUUGUGACUGUGCUAGUAUUAGCCAGUCGUCCAUGUAAUUCAAAAUGCGAAUUGCCUGGAGUCACAAUGGAGCCAAUGCUGCAUCCAUGCAUUUUGUGUAUGUGCGGCGGGGUAAUAAGGCUAGGCUGAAUGGAAGAUGGAAACGAACCUCAGGAACCGCCUGUGUUGUGGCAAUAUUUCUAUGUGAAAAUAUGCAUCCUUGAGAUCGAUCAUGACGGACCAAUCAUGAUGUUGGUUUGUGACACGAUCAUCUUUAUGGUUAACAUCUUGAACUUGAGAGCUUUGACUAAAUGGUUUAAGCCUCAAAGAUCUAAGAUUGGAUGCAGCCCCUCGUCCUUUAGAAACUAAGAAGUAUCUGCUGUAGUAACCUGACUCUCUCUAGAGGGGGAACAUGCUCUAUGGCCCCCUGUCUUCAGAAGAGAUUGCAGUUCUUAUGACAGUAAAGUCACUUGCCCUGGCUUCAUGGUAGUGGAGACCACGCCAUUGAAACGCGGAGGACGAUGAAUAAAUUGGAUUCUGUAUCCUUCUACUGUCUUUAGAACCCACGCAGAAAUCCCUGGCAGUAGUUUCCACGCUGCAAAGUUCUCUGAAAUGGGCACUAAUUUUGAUACUUCGCUUUGAGGGGAUGUCGUAUGUUCCGUGUCCUGAUGUGUUACAGGAAUCAACGGAAACCACCAGAGGUGGCGGGGAAGGAGGGUUUAUGUGAAGAUAUUAAGAAGGGGCGAGUUUGGUAGAUAUUAUGAGGCUGCUGAACGUGACGAGCUGGUCCCCAGAUUUAUGAGGGGAAGCACAACUCGUCACUGCCUGCUUUUGAGCCUUAUUAGCAGGUCAGACUCGCUCACGGCACAUUCCAAUGACGUCAUGCAAGGCUAUAAAUAUAGGUCAAUUUCAUUGACGUUGUUUUACACAUAUAUUCACAGCUGGUCACGACUAAAUGCGUUCCCCCAGCGCUGAAAAAAGCACAGCUUAGAGUGUAGCCUUUGAAAGGGAACAACAUGAGGGUGAGUAAUUAAUGACAGAAACUUCAUUUUUGGGUGAACUAAUCCUUUAAAUGGUCAAAUCAUGACUCAAUUUAAUAUCCUUCUAGCCCUUUAUUUAGACUUUCUCGUUUUGAGCAACAUUUGCAUACUCUGUCAUGCUGUUGACUAUAUGCCACUGCAGUAGAUGCAUAUUGCAGUAUUAAGGCUAACGAUUAAUUGAUUAAUUUAAACAAGGAUCGAAAAUGGGGACAUGGGAACAUCGCGUUGACACCACCUUGAAUUGAUGCGGGUGACAUUGUCCGUUCACUUUUAUGACCUUUCUCUUCAUAUUCCUCCCUGUGAAUUGGUUUGAUGUACUGAAAAUGAAAUUCACAUUUUUUUUUUUCUUUUCAGUCCUGAUGGAUGUAAAGGAGGAGAGUGAAGAACUGAGCGAAGUGGAGGAGAAACAUGUCAAACCUGGAGAAAAACCUUCGAGCCGCUCAAAGACUAAAAACACAUUUUUAGAGAAAAGAAAAGCCAAGAAAUCUACAACCUGCACUCAGUGUGGAAAGAGUUUCAAAUUCAUAUGUCAUCUUGAGAUACACAUGAGAAUCCACACAGGAGAGAAGCCAUUCACAUGUAAUCAAUGCGGAAAGAGCUUCAUACAAAAAGCAUCUCUUAAACAACACAUGGGAAUUCACACCGGAGAGAACCCGUACAAGUGUGUUCAGUGUGAAAAAAGUUUCACAUACAAAAGUCAACUUGAGAUUCACAUGAGAGUUCACACUGGAGAGAAGCCUUAUGUAUGCCAUCAAUGUGGGAAGAGUUUCAGUCAAUCAUCACAACUAACGACACACGUGAGAAUCCACACUGGAGAAAAGCUAUUCGUAUGUCAUCAGUGUGGGAAGAAAUUCAUAGCCAAAGAAUAUCUUAAGCUUCACAUGAAGAUCCACACUGGAGAGAAGACGUACGCAUGCCAUGACUGCGGAAGUAUAUUUCUUAGGGCAUCACACCUGAAGAAACACCUGACAGUUCAUACGAAGGAGAAACCACAUUCAUGUUCUGUGUGUGGAAAGAGUUUUUCACAGCUGUGUAGUUUACAAGAGCAUGAGAAACUUCAUAAUGGUGUGAGAGAGUACAUGUGCUUUGAGUGUGAGAAGACUUUCACUACAGGAAGCCGUUUAAAACUGCACCAGAGAAUUCACACUGGAGAAAAACCUUACAAGUGUUCACACUGUGACAAGAGAUUCAGUCAGUUAACAAAUCUGAAAAGACAUGAGAGGAUCCACACCGAAGAGAAACCUUACAAGUGUUCACACUGUGACAAGAGAUUCAGUCUGUCAGCACAUCUGAAAACACAUGAGAUGAUCCACACUGGAGAAAAACCUUACAAGUGUUCACACUGUGACAAGAGAUUCAGGCAGCCAUUAUCUAUGAAAAUACAUGAGAUGAUCCACACUGGAGAAAAACCUUACAAGUGUUCACACUGUGACAAGAGAUUCAGUUUUUCAUCACAUCUGAAAACACAUGAGAUGAUCCACACUGGAGAAAAACCUUACAAGUGUUCACACUGUGACAAGAAAUUCAGUCGGUCAUCAUCUCUGAAAACACAUGAGAGGGUCCACACUGGAGAAAAACCUCACAAGUGUUCACACUGUGACAAGAGAUUCAGUCAGUUAGCAAAUCUGAAAACACAUGAGAGGAUACACACCGGAGAGAAACCUUAUAAGUGUUCGCACUGUGACAAGAGAUUCAAUCAGUCAGAACAUUUGAAAACACACGAGAGGGUCCACAGCGGAGAGAACCCACACACGAGUAAUCAGUGUGGAAAGAGUUUCUCUUUUAAAAGUCAACUGAAGUCACACAUGAAGAUCCAUGCAGUGGAGAAACCACAUCACCACAGUCUGAGAUCACGGAGAAGAUCCUCGAGAGAUAAACCUCCAUUUAAUCCGGCGUCACAAAACUUGUGUGAGUCGUUCCUGAAGAAGAGAAAUGAGAGGUGUUCAUCAGGAUCUGAGGAGAUCUGCAGUUUACACAAUGAGAAACUCAUACUCUUCUGUCUGGAGGACAAACAGCCUGUGUGUUUAGUGUGCAGAGAUUCUCAGAAACAUGACAAUCAUAAAUUCAGACCCAUCAGGGAAGUGGUUUCAUCACAUAAGGAGGAGCUCAAUACAACACUGGAGUCCUUACAAGAGAAACUUCAACACAAUGAAGAAAUGAAAGGAGAGUUUGAGGAAACAGUUCAACACAUCAAGUCUCAAGCUGAGCACACAGAGCGCCAGAUUAAACAGCAGUUUGAGAAGCUUCAUCAGUUUCUCAGAGAUGAAGAAGAAGCUACAAUCACUGCUCUGAGGGAGGAAGAGGAGCAGAAGAAGCAGAUGAUGAAGGAGAAGCUGGAGGAGAUGAACAGACACAUCUCAGCUCUUUCACACACAAUCAAAGACAUGGAGGAGAUGAUGAAAGCCAAUGACGUCUGCUUUCUGAAGGAGUUUCCAGUCUCAAUGGAAAGAGUCCAGAGCUCACAGCCGGAUCCACAGAUGGCUUCUGGAGCUUUGAUUCAUGUGCCACGUUACUUGGGCAACCUGCCGUUCAGAGUCUGGAAGAAGAUGCAGGACAUCGUCCAAAACACUCCUGUGAUUCUUGAUCCAAAUACUGCGAAUCUACGCCUCGUCCUGUCUGAUGAUCUGACCAGUGUGAGAUACAGCAGGAACGAUCAACCUCUUCCUGAUAAUCCAGAGAGAUUCGACCGUUAUCCCUGUGUUCUGGGUUCAGAGGGGUUUAACUCAGGAACACACUGCUGGGAUAUAGAGGUUAAAGAGAGUUCAGACUGGAUUCUUGGAGUAACUACAGCAUCAAACCAGAGGAAGGGAUGUGAUUUCUUCAACACUGAUGUUUGGAGUGUGGAUUAUGAUGUGGAAGGACUGGAUGAACCAUGUGGUUUUCCUGUUAAACAGAAGCUUGAUCGUGUGAGAGUGAAUCUGGACUAUGAUGGAGGAACGGUGUCAUUUUCUGAUCCUGUAACUAACACACAUCUACACACAUUCACAACCACCUUCACUGACACACUCUUUCCAUUCUUCAGUUGUUCUCACUCUCUGAGGAUCUUAGCGGUCAAUAGUCAGUAAACGUUACUCCUGUAAGUCUGGAUCUUCCUGCUUUCAUCAUGUUUCUGAUAUUGCCAUCAAUCUGAAUGUCAGUACGGUGGCCGUGAUGAUCACAUGACUGAUUUCCAGCACUACAGCAACACUGUAGUAGCGCCCCCUACCGUACAACAGUGAAAACAUGGAUUACAAUUCUGACAAUGGCAAGGAAAGUGUUAAGUAGAUUUGAUGCAAAUUCAUAUGCACUCUACCAGUAAACUACACAAAAACUCACAUUCAUUUUUAAAUAUUCUGCAUUAAAUGUUCUUUAGGGUCUUUUUGACCCCAAAUUAUGUUUGCUAAAAUAAUAAUAAUAAAAAAAAAGUUAUCUUUGUUGAAAUGGUAUGAUACUUUUUUUAUGGUGGAUAACACUUUCUAAAUCUACAAAUAAAAAAAUGGAAUAUCA